UCAAGUGUCUCUAGCUUCGCUUCGACUAGAUUCCCAAGUCAUUUUCGCCUCGCCACAUUCUCCCCCCCCAUUGUCGCUCGCCGUGCGUCUAAUACCUCCCGUGGUACCCUUCGUUUCCCGCCUAGCGUCUCAGCAGUCGGCAUGGGAUCUUAGGCGGGAGCAGUGGUUGGUUCCGGCCUGCAUAGGAGAACCGGAUAGUAGGCUUAGUAGGCGGCCUGAGUAGGCGACCUUAGUAGGUGAGCUUAGUAAGCGGCCUGAGUAGGCGGCCUGAGUAGGUGACCUUAGCAGGUGGCCUUGCGGACGUGUUGGAGGGCUGGAUAGGAAGGAAGUCUUACCGGUCUGAGAGGGGUUUCUUUCAAUGGCGGCGCAAGACCCGUUUUACCUCGUCCGCGACGAGAUACAAGAUUCGGUAUCCAAGGUUCAAGAUGACUACAGCAAGUGGGAGCGGUUAACAGCGAGCAGCCCUGAGAGAGACGCACUGUCCAAGACAAUACUGGCGGACACAGAGACACUGGAGUGGGAGUUGGAAGAACUCGACAGAGCAAUUGGCGUGGCAGAAAGGGACCCAUCCCGCUUCAACAUAGAGCAGGGGGAGGUGGAGUCGCGGCGCAAGUGGACAGGCAGCACGCGGGAUCAAAUCGCCAUGAUCCGAUCUGCCAUCCAGGCAGCGGCGGCGGAGCGGGCGGCGAUGCAGAAGGAGGCGGAGAGGCGGGAGCUGCUGAGAGCGCAGGCUGGCGCCGCUGCCAAGGCGGCUGCUAAGAGCAGCGCUGGUGGGGAGAAUGAGAGCUUUGCCGCUUCAGAGGAUGACAGACAAGCGCUUAUAAUGAGGGAGCAGGACGAUCAACUGGACGCCAUGAGUCAGAGCCUAGCGCGCAUUGGAGGCAUGGGCAUCGCCAUUCACGAGGAGCUAGGGUCCCAGGAGUCAUUGAUAGGAGAGCUGGACGACGGCAUGGAGAGGACCGGAGGGCGGCUAGGGCUUGUUCAGAAAAAGAUGACAGUGGUUCUCAAGAAGGCCGGGCUCAAGGGGCAGCUCUGCAUUCUCCUCGCCCUCGUCAUUGCAUUCCUCGUGCUCCUCAUCCUUAUCUUCUAUGACUGAUACGAGCAGUAUCCCCUUUAUUGCGCUCCUCAUCAUCGCGUUCCUCGUGCUCCUCAUCCUUAUCUUCUAUGACUAUCUCGAGCUGUUAUCCCCCGUAUUGUGCUACCCAUAAUUGCAUCCUGGGUAUGACUAGUUGCAGCAGCUAUAUGUACAUACACCCUCCUUGCCCAUGCAAGCAAUGUGAGCCCACUACAUGUUCCUCUCCCAUUCUCAUCUUUACUAGAUUCAGCUUUGCAAUAUACGGUAUCGGACGGAACCGCUACAUCUUAAAGCCUGUGGCCCAAAUUGCGAGGCGCGACUUUCAAGCACACUGCGUUUGAAAGACACGUUUUCGUGGGUGUAGAUACGGGUAACAUGACUCGCGUCACUUGGGGCUGGCUUUCAAGUUCAGCGCGGAACGUAUUUUGGGACACCAAGUGCCUCGCGUUUUUUAGCCGUCCAG